AUGACUCGCAGGUCGGGACUCCAACAGUCUGUAAUAAAUUUAUACCGCGACUGUUGCCGUACAGUUCGUAAAAAACCACCAGAAACAAGAACACGUUUCCAGGCUUUCGUCCGUGCACAAUUCCGACAACCUGAUAUCACAUCAAAAGAUCAUACAGCUAUAGAAUAUUUAUUACGAAGAGGAAAAAAACAAUUGGAAGCUUAUUCAGGAGAAAAUGCUCGUAACAUAUUAUUUGAACGUUUAAUGGAAGGAGUUACAGACCCAAACGGGCGUGAGCAAGCAUUACGAGAUUAUAUCAGAUCAGUUAUAGAAAACGCUGAGAUAAGUACACAGGGUGCACCACCUGCUUCUUAUUCAUUUAUGCGAAAUUUGCCAGUGGUGUCCGAAUCUGAAAUUCGAACAGAUGAUGAAUGUAUAAUAUGCUCGGAUAAAUUUUCAGCACCAAAGAGUAAGACUGCAAGUGUUACGCGUCUCCCCUGUAAACACAUGUUUGACCGUGAUUGCAUUCUUUCGUGGCUAAAACUGCAUAAUACAUGUCCAAAUUGCAGACACGAAGUUGAGAGCGAUGAUCCUGAGUGGAUAAACAAGAAGAAACGAGAGACGCGACUUGCUGCCGCUGCUGUUCAAGAGGAAGAAGAGGCUAAUUGGAUGUAUAUAUAA